CUUCUGCGAGUAGACACCACAAGACCCGCAAUGCCUCAGAAACAGUUAAAAAACGCCCAGUACAUAGAAUUGGGAAGUUAUCAGUACUGGCCGGUGCUUGUACCAAGAGGAAUCCGUCUGUACACGUACGAGCAAAUCCCAGUGUUCUUAAGGGAAAACCCAUACAUUACCGACGGCUACAGAGCCUAUCUCCCUUCCCGACUAUGUCUUAAAAGCCUGUUUAUCCUGUCCAAUGAGACGGUGAAUAUUUGGAGUCACCUGCUGGGAUUUGUCCUCUUCUUCUCCCUGGGUGUGUACGACAUGGCCUCCGUGCUUCCUACUGUGGGGGCAUCCAGGGAGGACUACGUCAUCUACUGUAUAGGGCUCUUCUGUUUCCAGGUGUGUAUGCUGUGUUCAGUGGGUUAUCACCUGUUCUGCUGUCAUCGCUCUGAGAAGACCAGUCGCCGCUGGGUGGCACUGGACUACGCUGGCAUCUCCGUGGGCAUUCUGGGCUGUUACGUACCAGGGGUUUUCUACGCCUUCUACUGCAAUAACUACUGGCGACAGGUCUACCUCGUCACCGUCCUGGCCCUGACGCUGGCCGUCUUCUUCGCCCAGAUCCACCCCCUGUACCUCACCAAAAAAUGGUGGAGGAUUCGCUCCAUCAUCUUCUGCGUCGUGGCCGGCUACGGCCUCAUCCCCACCCUGCACUGGGUCUGGCUCAACGGAGGACUCGGCUCAGCCAUCGUCCAGGUUUUCCUUCCCCGCAUACUGAUCAUGUAUGUCAUCGCUGCAGCUGCCUUUGUCUUCUAUAUAUCUAAAGUACCAGAACGCUACUUUCCAGGUCAGUUGAAUUACGUAGGAUCCAGCCACCAGGUCUGGCACCUUCUUGUCGUGUUAAUGUUUUACUGGUGGCACCAGUCAGUACUGGACAUCACGAAUCACAGACACAGCCACCCCUGUCCAGACAAUCCCCAGCAGCACUCCUAA